AUGGCUCCUCAGAACGUGGGUCCCUGCCCCUCCUCUUUCAGCAAUAAACUCUUCCCAGGCCUGGCCACCCUCUUCAACCCUUUCCUACACCUCGCAUCAUCCCUCCAGACGAGCAGCAGCACGCAUCACCCAAAGCCACACAUGAACGGUAGCAAGAAACCUGCCGUGAAGCGCCGCAAGACAGUUGCCUUCUCCGCUCAAGUCGAGAUGCGCCACGUUGACGAGCACGACGAGUCGGUCUUGGACGUCGAGACCCGGGACCUUCACCCCGCCAGCGACGAGGAAGACCCCGACUACCUCGAUCUGACGAACGCGGCCCGCAACAUCGACAAGAACCUCCUCUUCCUCUCCAGAAAAGCAUAUGACGAGUACUCCAUGCCGGUCACCGCGUACCCCGCCGAGAAGACGUGGAAGUAUGGAGAGCUGGACAAGUUGCUACGGCACUACACGGAUGGGGAUAUGGCCAAGGACAUGUCGGAUGCUGCCCACAAAUUUCAGGGCCGUACGAGCUCUAUUUUGCUUGCGCUCUCGCGGAUGCUGAAGAUGAUCGAGGAAGUCAAGGAGGCGCAAGACCGGGAGUUGGGCGAGGCCGAGGACAGAGAGGACGAGCAAAGCAGCGACGAUGAGGACGUUGGGGAGAUGGUCGACCAUACUGAGGCGCAGGACGACCAAGAGGAAAAUGGUGUGACGGAGAACGACAACGACGAUGGUGAGAAUGCCGAUGGCGAUGCCGGCGAGGAUGGGAAUGGUGGCGAUGUAGAGAGCAUCAGUGGCGAUGAGGAGAGCGCUAGCGGCGGUGACGAGAACACCAACGACGAGGACGACCAAGAGGACAUUGAGGACGAGCCGAUCAGGUACAUGGUGCCCAGGACUCGGAGGAACUACGGUCAGGCCAGAGGCAGAAGAAUCAACAGGCGUGGCUAG